GCUUGAAAACAAGGUGACGCCUACGUGACUCACUGACUGGACCUGACAAGCAGAGAAAAAGGCCAGAGAGAGGACAUCUAGCUUUACUCCUGUUUGAUGUCGUUUGCAGUGACAGCUGUAGAUCUAGGAGCUGUCAUCUUUAACCAGAUUAUUUCCCGCAAUGCGAUGGCAAGUGCUUUGAAGAUUUAUUUUGGGCCAUAAAUCUACUGGCAGAGUGAAUUGCGCUGCACCUUAACCUCUGAGAAAGUGAACAUAAGAGUGGAAGAGCUCCAACUCGACUGUUUUGUUUGUCUCAACUUUGGAGAGCAGGUGUUAUGGAUCUGCAGUGUUGCCUGUGCUGGAGAGUUGCCCUGCUGCUUCUCUUGAUGCCAUGUGGGCUCCAGUGUAUGUCAGUGCACAUUCUCAAUGAGGAGCCUGUGCAUGUAAUCCCUGGCUCUAGUCUGGUUCUGAAAGCUCGGAUCGGGCAGGGACCCCUGGAAGAGGUGUCUGUGGUAACCUGGGAACGGGAGCCCGAAACUGGAAUUUCUCCAGAGAGAGUGACACUGGCCACAUGCCCUGGCAGAAGCCUCAAGUGUGCUGGUACAAGGCCAAAUGUCCAUGUGAACGUGGAGCAGCAGGGGACGACACUUCAGAUUAAUGGAUACAGCAGCUCGGACAGCGGCGUGUACGCUGUGACUGUGACAGAUCACACAGGGGCCAAGACCACUGCACAGUGCAUCGUCAGGAUAUAUGAGGAAGUGCACCAUGUCUCAGUCAGCGUCAACGUGUCUCACUCCUUGCUGGUUUGUGGCGAGGCCUGGGGGACAGACCCCCACUUCAGCUGGUUCCAUGAGAGAGUCGCCAUCACGAAGACUGUGGGAAGAGUCUCCAAAGAUGGAACAACAUUGUUUGUCACCAUGACUCCAUUCUGUGGCCACUUCACCUGCAUGGUGAGCAACAAGCUGAGCUACAGUUCUGCCACCUACACUGCAGCACCUUGUGAGACAGAGGACAGAGGGACAACAGCAGCUGUAGUGUGUCUUGUCCUCCUGCUGCUGUUUGGGGGAGUGCUGGCAUUUCUGCUGUGGAGGAGACACAGGCACAAUAACAGAGGAGAGAGGCUGCACGAACAUUUGGAUGACACCAUCUAAAAAAAACCUAAGAUACACUUCUGUUACUCAGAGGUCUCAGAGAGGAGAACAGGAAAUGGACUGGACUGUGAGGGAGGAACUUCCUGUCCUGUGAGCAGCAUGUCCUUACACUGCAUUGAAACAAUGUGAAGAGUGAACUGCUUGCUGGCAAAUAAAAAAUAUCUAAAAAUGGAUAUUCAGCUUGAAGUGCCAGCAAUGUCUUUACACUACGCUGCACCUGACACUGUGUGCUCAAUAAAAUAUUAAUUUUGUAAGCUUGUAUCAUCUGCACAUUGUAUUGAAAUGUACUGUAUUGCCUUCAUAAUAAAAUCCCUUCACAGAAUGUGACAAAACUCAGUGAUUCAGCAGUUAUUUGAAUAAAUCGAAAAAGAAAGACAGUUUUAGUUUUAAAGCUGUUUUGACAGGGCUUAAUUUGUUCAUAAUGAGUUGUAACCUUUUUUUCUCAGAUUCUAGAUGUUGGAUUAGCCUGAUGCCCUCACUGUGUGUGUAGGUGCACAGCUAUGCUAUCUAUAAACGCUCUUUCAACUAAAGGUUGAAGACAGGAGUUGGCAAUUGUGAAACAGUGAAAACAGUAUUGGAUAACAAAUUCAACAAUGGGGAUUACACAUUAGAAAAAUAUGAGAUGUAAACAGGAAUUAGACCACAUAAAAUGAAUUAGUAACAAGGAAACUGGAUUCACAAAAGUAUAGGCUAGCUGUCAAAUUAGUCACAUUGUCCCUCAUGCUGGGAAGAAAGUGACCAUACAUUCCUACAAUGCAGGAAGUACAAUACUGUAAUUAAUCUAGAAACAUGCACAUAGUCCACAAGAGUGAAAGUAAAAAGAGUAAAAUACAUAACAGUUAGCCCGACAAUCAUUUUACUUGAAUUGUUGUAUUAGGAACACAUCAGCACAAACUGAAGAGUGUUGCUAAACUUUUCAAUAUCCCAAAAAAUGUUAUACAUUUUCUUUCCAGCACUAUAAGAAUACUUUUAGUGAAUUCAGGUUCCUGUAGAAUCUGUGCACGUAACAGACGUCAAACCGAAAUCCUUUACAUUGAUCAGUUGUCACCUAUUUAGUCUGGGUCUUAAAAUGUGGCUUGAUAUGUUCUGGUUUUAGUUCAAUAUGGUACCGACCCACUGUGGAUUCAACUUCAGUGAUUUUGGGGGCACAUUUAUCUUCUUGGAUUCCUAUUCAUUUCUGUUUUGUUUUUUUCCCUCUCGUUAAAGUGAAAGUAACACUCUGGACACACGAUCAUCUACGCUUGCAAUGUUAACUUUCACAAUACACCUAUCACACCACAUAAGAAAUGAACCCUCUAACCCCUAGCGGUGUUAUGGCUGUGCUCUGUAGAGCUAUAUUGGACCACAUGGAGGAAACAGGACCAGAGAGCCAGAGGUCAAAUGCAGGACAAGUUAUAUCAGGAAUGGGAGGAAAAAGCAAUUGAACAUCUGCCAUGAAAGUUUAGGUGUGCCUCUGGGAGUUUUAGCCAAAGAUCGUUUCUGCUUUCUAUGCCGAUAAUUUGAAAGAUAUCAAAGAAAAGACCCUCCAUUUGCAGCUACAAAAGUCCUCAAUAUUGUCAGACCUUAAAACUGAUACAAGAAUAGAAGAUACAGCUUAUAGCUCCCUGAGGCUAUAUCCUAAGGUGGAACAGACAAUGAUGAAAUAUUAUGAAAAUGGAAUGAGAACUGUAGAGGGAUAGGUGUGGAAUACAGAUCACUCACUACUUAAGUCAGUACUGAAGUUUCUAUGCACCUUCUAAAUUCGUCUGUCCAAUAUGAAACAAAUAUCAGCUUCAUGCAUGUCUGUAAAGUUGCAAAUAUUGGCAAUAUAUAAAACAUACAUCAGCCCUCUCAAGAGGACUUCUGACAAUAUAAGCCUUAAAAAGGAGGGCAGAACAUUUCUCAAAUGGCUUCCUCACCCGGAUUCAUGCCAAAAUCCCCUCUGUCACAAGUCCAUUAGCACUGCUCCCAUUGUAUUGUUAGUUUACCCUGUGCUCCCUUGCAUUCACAUACCUCCCAUCAGACUACAGAGGAGAUGGAGGUGCAGGAGAGGCACAUCCAUCAUGUGGAGCUGAACCUGCAAGCCACAGAGCCUCCUCUGAAGCUUGCCCAAGCUGGAUUUUAAAAAGCAUGUCAAGAAAUCUUCCAAAAGGAAUGAAAAAGAUAUCAUCUUAACAGAUAAAUCUGGUUCUAUAUUCUUAUUAUUGUCAACAAAUCCAAUGAAAAGACCACAGCCAACAAUGAACAGAUCCUGCUAACAAGUAUUGUUGGCAGAGCCAAAGCCUGAUAUAGCUUAUUCUUCUGUGCCGUAGAGCUCCAUUGUUGUCCAAAAACUACUAAAAACACAUCACUGAGUCACAUCGUUGCACUGGGUAACAUGUUUCUUCAUUAUGAUGAACACAUCCAUUGUAGUUUAUUUUGAGUCAGUCCAUUAUGCACCAUCCUGCUGCCGUAAAACAGAGCAUCAAGUCCUUGUAAAUAGCCAACAAAUACAGUAUUAACUCCUGUUCGAGUAAUGUUUGCUAAAAGCUACUGCGCUCAGUUCUUUCAGGAAAUCACUUAGCCUAUUUUGUAAAAAAUGAAAGUAUAUAUUACAUUUUUUUGUUUUCAGUAAGAACAAACGGGCCACACAGAGAGAUUAGUGACGUCAGAAAGUAUUGAUAGAUGGACUGUUUUUGGUCUUUUCAUGGGAUUUGUUGACAAUAACAAAAACGAGAAUAUCGCCAGCCUUAUCCUUUAAUGGAAAACUGACAGAAACAAUUUAAAGUCUCUCACAAAAGUUUUGUCAGUAGUUCCCCAAAAGUAGCUCAAUUAUCUUUACUCCGGACCUGCUGUCUGCAGAGAAAUGGUAAAAAAUAUCAAACAUGAUUGUACUCUGUGUCCCAGAAAUUACUCCACAAAGUCGCUGUUGUAAAAACAAGUCUAAGAGUCUACAGCCACGUUAGCAGCUCUGUGAGGCUGUACUCAGGCAGUGGUUACUUUCUUUUUAAAUUUGCAUAACAUCUCCAUCAAAUUGUCUGUAAAUAAUAAAAUUAAUUAUAGAGACAUUGCCAGACACUGAGGGCUGACAAGUGUACAAUAACUGAAGAAUGGCCGGGAAGGACUAACUGUUAGAAUGGUCCGUCAUAAUUCAUGCAGUCCAUAAAAUAGAAAAGACUGCCUGCUGAUCCCUGACAGCUCAAUAUUAUCUUAUCACCAUCUCUGCUCUCACUGGCACGCACACACACACACACACAAUAGCUAAUUCAUAGAUUCAGAUUUCAGAUUCUUGUUUGCGGGGUGCAUUGUACUCUGGAGCUGUAAAGAGUAGUGCACUGAUCCAUGAGACAUCCAUGAGAAACAUCAGCAACCAGUCUUCCCUCUGUUGACUCCCAAUUAUUCAACGUCUCUCUGUGCAUUCCAGUAAUGUUAUUCUUAUCACGGCUGGAUUUCCUUGCCAGAACUAUACGUAUUCAUGUUUACAGAGAUAGGGACCCGUGAAGGGCUAACAAAAGGAGAAUGGGUGGUCUGGUGUGAUUAGAGAACAACGUGCCUAGCUAUUUAUUGUCAGAGACUUGGAGUUGGUCAUUUCAUGAUCUAAGCAUGUUGUUAUGAGCUUCUUAGCUCUUAAAGCAAAAGUUCGACAUUUUGGGAAAUGGGCUUAUUUGCUGUCUUGCCAAGAGUUAGAUGAGAAGAUCGAUACCACUCUGUUACAUGUACGGUAAAUGUGAACCUGGCUACUCGUUUCCCCCUAUUUGCAGUCUUUGUAUUUAGCUAAGCUAACCAGCUGCCAGUGUUGCUACAUUUGACUAACAAAAAGUAGCCCAAUCAGAACCUAGAAAAUGUCUAACUACUCCAUAAGUGAUUGUCACUUUGGCUCAAAUUUUAAAAAGAUGUUCAUGAAGAAAGUGCAUCAAAAUAGAUCUGGGUAACUUCAUCACUUUCCAGAAUCUUUUAAAAGAGCCAAAUAUUCACUCAGCAGACGGUCGAUCACAAACUAUGCUUACAUACACAAAGAUUGUAGCAAAAAGUAAUUCAAUGUUUGUUGCUGACAGUGCCCAGCAGAUGCCAAGUCCUGUGGUGGGAUGAUCUUCUGGAGCUGGUGGAUCCUCUUUUGCAGGUUGACAAUCUGUGAUAAUUCAUCUGUACCACCAAGUCAUUUUUCAUUUAUGGGCCAGAGGAGAUAGUUGUGUGCAGCCUGUGAGUCAUAAUAGAGGUUAGAGGUAAAAUAAAAACGUCUCACUCAAGAUAUAACACUGAAACGCCUGUGAUGUAAAGACAAAACAAAAUAAGAGCAAAAAAAAAAUACUUUGGGAAUUGUGCCAUCAGGCCUAAUCUUUUCCAUAAGUCUCCAAAAGUCUCCAUUUCCACACAUUCUUCUGUCCUUCUGGGCCCUUCAUGUUUCCAAUUCAGCCCUCGUUGUGACUUCUCUCUAGUACCUGACCUCAGGCUUAACCUCCCAAAACACGGACACCCUUUACAUCCUAUUGUACAUACUAUAUGUGAGCCCUCAUAGCGCAUCUCAUUCCUUCCUGCUCAGACCAGACUUUCUCUUGGUGAACUGCUCCCACUCCUGGUGAGAGUUGAAACUGCAGAGGAUAUGUUAAUCCAGGCCAUGACAGACAGACCAGAUAUUCAGUAAAUUAUUCAUCAUUUUUAAGUGAAUAACCAUGACACCAGAUCACAGGAUAGGAUAGCUUUGAAAGUUCCUCGUACUUAUUCUGAACUUGGAAAGACCAGUACUGUGCACAUUACUACUAGAAUGAACUGCAAAACAAAGUGAGGUCAGAAACAUUCAUUCAUGUUUGUCAUUCAUUCCUUUGAGAAACUGUGCUUCAUUGUAAAUAAUAUUUGCAAUUGUUUUAAUGAAAAGGUCUGUGUGUGUAUGUGUGAUAACUUUUUAUGUAACUGACUCUUCUUGUUGUAUAGUAUAUGUAAAUUGUCUCAGGUCUUUCUUGUAAAACAGAUCUUGAUCCCAAGGAGACUGUGUUUACUGGGUCCCCCAAAAGUCCUCUCAGAGGAGCCCCACUUAUGAUAAAGCCUCUUCACUGAAUUUUAAACCCAAGUUCUGUUUUGUUUGUGAACCCACAACCUAUUACUCAGAAAUGUGGGUUUCUGCUGAAUGUUUGUGAAUAUAAAAUAAUAUUUAAAUAUAAAAUAUUUUUUGGUGAUUUGGCAGCCAGGUCCAGUUUAGCACACAGCUGCAUUUUAAACCCCUGCAAGUUCUGGUUUAGCUGGACCUGUUCUAAAGCACAGCUACAGAUGCCACCAUAAGUUUCUUAUUUUAAACAAAACAGAUAUUUUGUGUAAAAUGCCUUAUUUCUCAGGACCUUUUUGCAAAAGAUACACUAUGUAUAUAUAUAUAUAUAUUCUUUAAAGGAGGCACAUCAACAUCCUUGUUUUGUUUUGUUUUUUAAACAAAUAUGAACAACCAGAAACCUCCAACACAACUUCAAAAAAAGCAACAAAAUUGCAUCAAGUAAGAAAGACAAACUUGAACAGGGAUCUCCUAUUCCUUUUCUCCAAAUUCUUCUGUUUAUGGCAAACCAGGUCAAGAUGUUACAGACACAGCUAAUCAAGGAAACCUUCAGAGAUGAUGAAGAAGCACAAGAGGAAAAGAAAAAAGAGAACAAUGAGCACCAACAAAGGGCGCAUAUAUCAGUGUUUGUGUUCAUUUUGGAAAUUAAAGUUUCAGUCAAAACAACCUUUAAUGAGAAGAAAGCUCAAAAACAAUACACAGAAAGAAUAUGUAACUGUCUAUCCGAUUCCCCUAAUCGGCUGUAUGAGAGACACCUGUGCAGUCCGCACAGGUGAGACUGUUUGUACAUUCGGUUGCCUUGUAAAUUAAUUUAUAAAAAAUGUUGAUUCAGAGCUGUAUUAAAGCUGACACAUA